CAGCCCAAUAGCUGAGCUGAGCUGAACCUGAUCAUGGCAUCUCUGGCCUCGCCAUUUCGUUUCAGUCUCUCCAUCAAGUCCAAAUCCAAUUCAAGCUUUCCUUUCUCAAGCUCUGGGAUUGGAUUUAGGGCUCCGAGUCGAAUCGGCUUUAACUCAAUGAGUCAACCCGCCGGGACCGACGACGAAAGCGUGAAGGUGGAGAAGGACAACUCAGACGUGCUGGUUCAGUACGUGGUGCUCCGUCGAGACCUGAUCGACACGUGGCCGCUCGGGAGCGUGGUGACACAGGGAUGCCAUGCCUCCGUGUCUGCCAUUUGGUCCCACAAAGACGAUCCUCACACACUACAGUAUUGUAGUCCCCAAAAUAUCGAUUCUAUGCAUAAGGUUACUCUUGAGGUGAAGGGUGAGCCUCAAAUCUUGAAUUUGUCAGAAAAACUCACAGCUGGUGGCAUCACUCAUAAACUGUGGGUAGAACAGCCUGAAAACAUUCCAACUUGCCUUGCUACGAAGCCGUACCCCAAAUCUAUAGUAUCAUCAUUUUUCAAGAAGUUGAAACUAUGUAAGUGAUGUAACAGUUAAUUUCAAAUUUAUUUUGGUUGGUUAGGGCUUAGGAUCCCUUGAAUUUUUAAUUGAGUUGGUGAGAUAUGAUUUUGAAUUUCUAAUA